AUGGGUGUCCCGUUAAAACUCCAGAAAUUCCUGGAACAUCUUUCAAAGGAAGUGGAGGAUGUGAAGAAGCAUGAGUCAGUGGAAAGAAUGAAAACCCAGGAAUGCAAGGACACAGUGAAGAAGAAGCGGGAGAGGAUUGUGAGCGAGUUUGGGAAGCUGCAUCGGCUGCUGGCUGAUGAGGAGAAGCUGCUGCUCCAGAAGCUGGAGGAGGAGGAGAAGCAGAUUCUGCUGAUGAUCACUGAAAACCUGACCAGGCUGAUGGAGCAGAAGAUCGUGCUGGAGGAGCUGAUCUUGGAGAUAAAGAAGAAGACCCAGCAGCCGGCUGACACACUGCUCAAGGAUAUGAAGAGCAUCCUGAGCAGGUGUGAGGAGGUGAAGUUCCAGUCCCCCAAGCCUGUGUCUGUGACCCUGAAGGAAAACUAUAGCAUCCCUGAGCACUGCCUGGGCAUGAGAGACAUGCUGAAGAAGUUCAGAGUGGACGUGACUCUGGACCCUGAGACGGCGCACCCCGAGCUUGCCCUGUCCGAGGACCGCAAGAGCGUGCGGCGUGGCAGCAAGAGGCUCUUUCUCUCUCUCUUCGACAGCCCCAAGAGGUUCAGUGCCGUGCCGGUGGUGCUGGGUGCUCAGAGCUUCUUCUCAGGCCGCCACUACUGGGAGGUGCAGGUGGGAGACAAGCCCGAGUGGGGCCUGGGGCUGUGCCUGGAGUCUGCGAGCCGGAAAGGCAACGUCCUCUUCUCCCCAAGUAAUGGCUACUGGGUGCUGCGGCUGCAGAAUGGGGGCAGCUAUGAGGCCCUCACAUCACCCGUGUCCCCCCUGACCCUGGGUGUGAGGCCCCGGCGCAUUGGGAUCUUCCUGGACUACCAGGCAGGAGAAAUCUCCUUUUACAAUGUGAGCGACCACUCCCACAUUUACACCUUUACUGACAAGUUUUCGGGGAAGCUCCGGCCUUUCUUCUACCUGGGUUCCUUUUUGGGGGGCAGAAACGUAGAGCCCUUAGUGAUCUCCUGGGUCAGGGACACGCAGGAGACUGGGUGCAUCAUCCUGUGA